GUCGCCUCUGUUUCUUUCGGUUUCAGUCCUCCGCCUCCGGCGGCGCUCUCUCCUUCCCCAUCUGCUGCUGCCUCGUCUGGUGGUGCUGGGUUUGGGAUGAUCCUCUAGUCCGGGAGGCGGAAGAUCUGAGGAGGCGCCGCGAGAUGGAUGAUGUGUGCGACGAGUGUGGAGAUGUCGGCUACAGUCACCUUCUGCUGCGCUGCAGCAACUGCAACAACGCUGCUAGGCACCGGUAUUGCUUGGAUGAGAUAAACUUUGAUUUGGCAGUGGAGUGGUUGUGUAGUGAUUGUAUCCCAAAACAUAGUGAAGCCAUUAAGUCACCAGGAGAGACAAAUUGUCAAAGGCAACUAAGGAACACCCAGUUGAGUUUCUUUGUAGUUAAUGAACCAAAUGUGGAGCACGAGAAGGCAACAAAGGCACAAGGACUAUAUAGAAGUAGACUAUGCCGAAAAAGAGAAGAGACAUUAGAUUCUGGUGAACAUGUCCCGAGUGGUGACACAUCGAAUCGGGGACGAUGUGUUGAAGAGACAUUAGAUUCAUGUGAAAUCUUUGUUAGUGAUAUACCCAACCACAUUGAUUGUAAGAAGGAAGGGGAGGAUAUAAAUGGUCACUUAAUUUGCGCACCGGAGAGUUAUGGCGGUUCAAGUAAUUUUGCUUUGGAUCAUGCUUCAAGUAUUGAACCCAACAAUUUGCAGAAGGCAAUUGGUGGUUCUAAACUUGCUUCAGGUUAUGUGGACUGUCAUGAUCUCCCAAACGCAAGGAGUGGCUGCUUUGCUUCAUCGAAGUAUGUUGAAGGUUUCUUUCCACGAGGAAGAAAGGGUGAUAUGUUUUCUUUAAUGAAUGAUGUCGAGGGAUCCUGCCCAAUGAUUGUGGACAAGUCUUGUUCUACAUCGGCAUGCAUGGAACAAGCGGAUGGUUUAUCGGUAAACAUGGAGAAAUCUGAACCUUCAAAGUUGGUUAAAGGAUUGGAGGAGAGUGUUGUAGCAGCAAAGUUUGCACCAAAUCAUUCAAAGCCAAUGCAAGGAUCAGAUCUGAAGAAAGGGAGUGUGGAUGUCUUGAAUCCUCUAGAGCAGCGUCUGGACUCUUUGGCAAUGCUGCAAUCAAGUUCCUCGAAUGAACUAAAUGAUGCGGCUAUUCAGGAAAAUGGUGCUGAAAGAACAAGGUGCUUUGCGGGCAAGGAAACCGUUGCCUCUGAAUUGGGGAACCACAAAGGAUCAAAUCCCUCAAUGGCAAAUGAAAGCUUGAGUUCUAGUCAAGGUAACUCAGAUGAAGCAAAUAGAAGAUCAGAUGAGCUUUUAUCUAGCACCAAAGAUAAUAAGAUGCGAAGGCGAUUGUGUGUUGCUAGAAAGAUAAUUAACUCUUGCAAUGUAAAUGGAACUACAGAUUCUGAGUCAGCACGAGAUGCAAUAAACCUAGCAGGGAAGACUUCUUCUCUUGCCGUCAAAAAGGUGCCUCUUCAGCUGAUAUUGCAAGAGAAAGGCAUUAACAACGAGUUAUUGCCUUCCAAGUUUCUUAGUCCAUGUGAGUCAACAAAAAUCAACCCUAGAAAGCGUAAGCAAUCAGAAGAUUACGCUCCUGAUGGAACAAAAUAUCAGGAAGAUUGUAUUAUAAGCGGGAUUGGAAAUGCCAAUGUUGCACUGUCAAAAAGUGGUAGACCACUACGAGCUUGCCAGUACAUGCCCAGGAAAGACAAUGGUAGCAAUGAUAAAGCUAUUGGGCGCUCAAAGAUGGGAAAAAGCAAGAAAAUGAGUGCGAAAAGUGGUAGACCACUACGAGCUUGCCAGUACAUGCCCAGGAAAGACAAUGGUAGCAAUGAUAAAGUUAUUGGACACUCAAAGAUGGGAAAAAGCAAGAAAAUGGGCAAGUCAUGGCUGGCUAACAAUGGUAUCCGAGAUUCACGGAAGAGAGGUAUGGUUACCGGUGUCUUGCAGCCCAACUCUCUGCGUAGACGUUCUGUGGACAGAUCAAGACCUUCACCCUACUCUCUGCGUAGACGUUCUGUGGACAGAUCAAGACCUUCAGAAAACAUGGAUCCGGCGCUGAUGGAAAGCAGCUGCGCUUUGAAUAAUCCAAGCAGCAGUUGUGCAGCGCAAUCAUCGGGUUUCUCUUCAAAAACGGAAGAAUUGUGGGAGGGCGACGAGCCAAAGAAACGAAGAAAACUCAUCUUAACUUAUGACGAAGAGGAAGAUGCUGAGGCCUUGCAGGCAGAAGAUUUGAAUUCCCGGUCUUGUGAUGAUGAUGAACAUGUGAAGAAGCAAAGAAAAUGUAUGGAGAAUGCUGCGGAGAACCAGAGAAGAUCUGUAAAAGAAGGUAAAGAAGCUUUGGGGUCAGGAAAUUUGAAUCAUCAAUAUUCCAAGAAUCGUAAGCAGGUGAAGAAGCAGAGAGGCAUAGAGGCAGAGGAAGAUGAAAAUGCAUCUGUAAGAAAUCCGAAUACUGAAUGUGCAAGGAUGCCAGUCAUUUCAGAAUGUAUUGGCGGGCAACCGCUUGAUAUACCUUAUUGGACUGGAAUCAUGAAGGUCAACAAUAACUAUAUUCCAUUGGCUGCACACCUGUCAACCAAAGCAGGCAAGAAGGUGCAGGAACUGUCAAGAUCGCUGCCACCAAUAAUGAAAGUGGCUAAGCUUUCUACAUCGAAAUCAUGUCCAAAGCACUUGGAGGCACCGAUACCUACAGCUGAUAGCAUUGGCUUGUAUUUCUUUUCGGGUGAUAUGAGGCCAAAUAAAGAGCUGGAUGAGCUAGUGAAGCAUCUCGCUGAUAGUGGAAUUAUUCUAGAAGCUGUUGUUGGUUUGGCAAAACUGUUUGUCUUCCCUUCUGCUGUACUACCAGCGGAAUAUCAGACGUUCCAAGGGAAACCCUAUCUGUGGGGAGUGUUCAAGCCCAGAAAAUAUAAGAUCAGAAGAUUACCUCCAGUGGAACAAGAUUGUAUGGCACAUGUUUCAAAGGAAGAACAUGCCCAAGAACAGCAUGCCUUGGACCAGGAAGACAAGGCGCGAACCGACACCUUGGACCAUGUCGUGCAUUACGAGAAUCAACCCUUGCUGGAUGCAAACCAACAAGGAAAGGAAGCGUUGUCUGGCAAUGGCCUAACCCCUGUUGACGUGCAAGCCCUAGUUUGUGCAAAUAUUGGCCCAGCCGAUCAUAGACAGCCCUGCUCAAAUCCAGAAGCUCCGCCACUUGAACUCUGUGGUUUUGUUGUCUCUCGGACACCAAGAUCUGCGCAACUCAUCCAGGAGAUGCAGAAGGAAGGUGCAUUACUGUUUGUUGUGCAGCAGGUGAUCACAGAACCAGGGUCGGUGAUGUAGGAUCAGAACAUGUCUGGCAAUAAUGCUGUGGUUCCUGAGGAGCAUACCUGGAGCUGUUUCUCCUUAAGGCCACAGUGGUCAUUCUUAGGGUAGAAACUCCAGCGGUUGACCUGAGAGCUCUUUUGCUUCAUUGCGAGCUCAUUGUGCCCCGCACCUUCUAUGUCCGUCUCUGUGCUUGUCCCCAUCAUGUUGAGGACUGAACUGUGGUGGUGUUUGCUCUUUGUAUGUUGUAUUAUGAGCCGACUUAGCUGAGCUUA